UUAUCAAAAGCUUAUUUCGGCAGCCACGCCUAAAUUUCUCCCUUAUUAAGGGUUAUUCCCCUCCUUCUUUGUAAUAUAGAUAUACCGUAAUAUUUUCCUGUACAGUCAAUGCAAUAUUUUUCUUUUAUAUCCAAUGAAUUUACAAUAAAAUUGUUAAUUUUUUUAAAUAUAAUUUUGCUUUUGUUUAAUAAUAUAAUAAGAAUAUAAUGUCAAUUAAAGCAAAGAAUUUAAAAUUCAAAUAACCUAUUCAAUUUAUUCAUGAUAUAUGUAUACUUAUAUAUAUUUCGAGUAUGGCUGUAAUCUCGUCUUCUGUCACAAUACUGCGCUUGUUAGCUUGAAAUUUAGUUUUGGAUUAUCUUCAAUAUCGUUUAAAAAUACCGUACUGAUUUCUACUUAUUGUUUAAAUUGAAUUACGACGAAAAAAUGUCUAGUGAAAGUGUAAAAACAUUUGCUAGUCUUGAAACACCUGGAUAUGUGGGAUUUGCAAAUUUACCUAAUCAAGUUCAUAGAAAAUCAGUAAAAAAAGGUUUUGAAUUUACACUUAUGGUUGUUGGAGAAUCUGGUCUUGGAAAAUCUACAUUAGUAAAUAGUCUAUUUCUUACUGAUUUAUAUCCAGAACGUAUAAUUCCUGAUGCUAUAGAGAAAACUAAUCAAACUGUUAAGCUUGAUGCUUCAACUGUGGAAAUUGAAGAGAGAGGUGUCAAACUUAGAUUAACUGUUGUUGAUACUCCUGGAUAUGGAGAUGCAAUUGAUAAUACAGAUAGUUUUAGAGCUAUCAUACAAUAUAUAGAUGAUCAAUUUGAAAGAUUUUUACGUGAUGAAAGUGGCUUAAAUAGAAGAAACAUAGUAGAUAAUAGAAUACAUUGUUGUUUUUAUUUUAUUUCACCAUUUGGUCAUGGAUUAAAACCUUUGGAUAUAGAAUUUAUGAAGCAACUUCAUAAUAAAGUUAAUAUAGUACCAGUAAUUGCAAAAGCUGAUGUACUUACAAAAAAAGAAGUAUUGCGUUUAAAAAAACGAGUUAUGGAAGAAAUAGAAGGCAGUGGAAUAAAGAUUUAUCCAUUACCAGAUUGUGAUAGUGAUGAAGAUGAAGAUUAUAAAGAACAAGUUAGACAACUAAAAGAAGCAGUUCCAUUUGCUGUAUGUGGAGCAAACACAUUAUUGGAAGUAAAGGGACGAAAAGUACGAGGGCGAUUAUAUCCAUGGGGUGUAGUAGAAGUUGAAAAUCCUGAUCAUUGUGAUUUUAUAAAACUGAGAACAAUGUUAAUCACACAUAUGCAAGAUUUACAAGAAGUGACUCAAGAAGUACAUUAUGAAAAUUAUCGCAGUGAAAGACUAGCAAAAGGAGCUCCUGUACCACCUCGAAGACAAACAAUUGCAGAAUCUGAGAGAAGUAAUUCUGUUUCUGAGAAAGAUCGAAUAUUGCAAGAAAAAGAAGCUGAGUUACGACGAAUGCAAGAAUUAGUAGCAGUAAUGCAGGCACAAAUGCAACAACAACAACCUUAAUUAUAUAUAUAUUUUCUGCACAAAUAUGUGAAGAAAAAUUAAUUCUUCACAUUACAGGUGCCAAAAAAUUAUAUUAAAUGAUCAAUAUGCUAUUCAAAACAUAAUUUGAGAAAAAAUUUUUACAAUUUUUAAAAGUUUAUUUAUGACAAAUAUAAUUAAAAAAUAUACAUUUCUUAUUCAAUAU